GGCGGCGCUGUCAGGGCGUUGGGAGGAGUUCGCUUCGGCUACUCCGACUGUCCUGUUCUGUGGAAGUGUGGUCUGCAAGUCGACAGACCGCGCUAACCGAUCUCGAUCUCCAACCCAAGUCAAGCUCAUGAACACAUGCAUUAUUGCCCAGCUGCCACCACUUCGAUUCUUCUUCGACCACUCUCCCAUCGACCCAUCACCACACACAGGACUUGGCGCGCACACGCUUCGACUGCUACGCUUUAAUCCCCGCGAUCCCUCUCACGAUGGCGGACUCGGAGCUCACGCCCAAGUUUGCGCCCUUCUUAGGCAUGGGUGGCAUAGCUUUCGCCAUGAUCUUUGGCUGUGUGGGCGCGGCAUACGGCACAGCGAAAUCAGGUAUUGGCAUUGCGAAUGUCGGUACCUUCAGACCGGAUCUCAUCAUGAAGUCCCUGAUUCCAGUCGUCAUGUCUGGUAUUAUUGCAGUCUACGCGCUCGUGGUAGCUGUGUUGAUAGCUGGAAACAUGAAGCCUCCGCCAGACCAGCACUACAGUCUGUACAAUGGAUGCAUGCAUCUUGCUUGCGGACUUUCGGUUGGGCUCACAGGACUUGCGGCGGGAUACGCAAUAGGCGUCGUGGGAGACUCGGGUGUACGCGCGUACAUGCAGCAAUCGCGGAUCUUUGUGGGCAUGGUGCUCAUCCUCAUUUUCGGAGAAGUCCUCGGACUCUACGGCUUGAUCGUGGCGUUGAUUCUUAACACGAGAGCUUCUGGUUGAGAAGGAUAGUUGUUAAAUCCAAUUAUUGUACUGCCU